AAAUCAUUCAAAAAUGAAUUAAAAAGAAGGUUAAGCAUAAAUUAAACUAGUUGUCGUUGGUGAUGGCAGUGUAGGUAAAACCUGUGUGCUUCUAAGGUAAUUAUUUUUUUCAUUCAAGUUACACAGCCGAUAAUUUUCUUACAGAAUAUGUUCCUACUGUUUUUGAGAAUUACACGAAAACUUUAAAUAUAGAUGGUAAGGAAGUUGAUUUAAGUCUUUGGGAUACUGCUGGUUAAGAAACUUUUACUAGUUUAAGAACAUUGGCAUAUGAAAAUACUGAUAUAUUUUUAAUCAUCUAUUCUGUCAUUGAUGAAUCUUCAUAUGAAAAUGCCAAAGAGAAGUGGUAUUUAGAAUUAAAUGAAGGAAAGUUAAAAAAGGUUCCAAAGAUUUUUGUGGGUAAUAAAAUAGAUAUCAGAAAUACUUUAAAUUAAAAUCAUAUAUAAUUUGAAAAAGUAAGAAUCUAGUUAAUGUCUAUAGGCAUAAUAGGAAUUGAAAAAUUAUAAUGCUCUACAUAAAGAAUGUUCUGCGUUAACUAAGGAAGGAUUGGAAGAUUUAUUUUAAGAAGCUGCAAGACAAGGAUUUAAAUAUUAUUAAUAACAAUAAUUAUUUGCAUCAGCAAAAGACCAACCAAUUUCAGGUAAUGAGCGUUCAUGUUGUUAGACUUUUUGA